UCAACAGCAGUCUUAUUUGGUUCGUUGGAGUGAUCGGUUGAAAAACAAUGGAUAUAUUUGACGUAAUUGAAAUAACCGAAACUUGGAUUUGUUUUUUUUUUAUACUCAAGACGUCUUUUCGUUUCGUCGAUACACGUAAACUCGGCCAGUUCAAUAUCAAUGUCAAUGACCUUGUUCCCAUUGCAGCGAUCGUAGAAUUUUUUUCAAUGCCACGUAACAAUAAAUUACGAUCAGUAUUUCCGGUUUGUGUUGAUUCGAUGAAGGACAAAUAUCGCGAAAUGGGUAUUGUCGAAGAGAAGAGGCAGCACUUUAAGGACUAUGUGGAGCCUGUUGACGACAAAUUCACGAGCUUGAUAAGUUUUGAAUAUGGUGUGCCCCUUAUAAAAGGCCUGCCAUACGAGAAAGUCCUACAAUUGAAAACACUGAAACAUUUAUAUAUUUGGAUUGACAGUUCUCUGAAAUAUGAAUUUUUGGUUGCUCUUGGAAACAAGUCAGGAGAAACGAUUGAAAGUCUCUCCAUAAAGGGCGCAUAUCUAACGACUGAGCACGUGGAGAGGAUUUGUGACACUCUCCAGCUCAGCCUGGAAAAUUUCUGUGUGUGGUGUAAAGAAGUGCCGCUUGAACACUUGCUAAAACUGCAGAAGCUGAAGUCGCUUCAUAUUCAAAUGUCUUCCAUAAAAAAUGCAAUGGUAAUGGAACUUAUAAAGGGUUUGCCCAACUUGGUGAUCUUGAAUAUGCGAGAGUGUCAACUGCUAACAGAGGAGUUUGUCUCUGAAGCACUUGACUGCCUGACCAAUAACAACAAACAAUCGAAACUCACGAUUUACGUGCAGGGAUCAGCCAUAAAUUGGAAGGAGCUGCCUGGAAAUGGACAUUUGUUGCAGGUCAUUGAGAAGCAAAAGAAUGAAAUAGUUCGUAUGAAUGGCGAAUUGAGCAAUCAAGAUAAUUAAAAAAAAAAAGAUUGAUAUAUAUAUAUAUAUAUUCAGUUGUUAACGACAGGAAACAUAAGAAAAAUAAUUUUUAUUCAUUUUAUUUCAAUACACAUACUAAUCAAAAGUCUAAAAAAAGUUACUCAAAUUUUUGUAUAACCCUUACAACAAUUAUAUACACUUUGUGAGCAAUUUUGUGU